AUGGCUAUUGUUCUAAGAUUUGUUGAUAAAGAUGGUUUUAUAAAGGAGCAUUUUUUUGACAUAGUUCAUGUAUUGGAUACAACAUCAGCAAUUUUGAAAGAAGAAAUAUGUAUUGUCCGAUCUCGUCAUAAUCUCAGUGUACAAAAUAUUCGUAGCCAAGGGCAUGAAGGUGCAAUCACACCAAACGGGCCCAAUGUGAUAUAUAAACAGGCGGAGAAGAUUGGUGCUCUUUUGAAAGCAGCGAACUUGUCUGUGGAGUCCUACUGGCCGAACUUGUUCGCUAAGCUCGCUGAGAAGAAAAGCAUCGAUGAUCUCAUUAUCAACGUUGCCUCUGUCGGCGCCGCUGCUCCUGUCGCCGUUGCUGCUCCUUCUGCUGGCUCCGACGCCGCUGCUCCACCACCCGAGGAGAAGAAGAAAGAGCCCAAGGAAGAUACUGAUGAGGAUCUGGGAUUUAGCUUGUUUGAUUAGGAGCUCGUUUCGGUAGUAAAAUCUUGUCGCACAAAAUUAGUAGGCAGUCUCACUAACUAAUGCCAGUAUUUUCUAUCUUUGUAAGAAAUAUAUAGUAAUGUUGGUUCGAGUUUCAAUGGAGCUUAGUUUUGUGAACCUUCUUGAAGUUGAUCUAUAAUAGCUUCUUGUUGAUAUAAAAAAGCAUUUCCAUC